AAACAGAAUCUCAACCGUCCAUUAAUCUCGCUUUCAUAUCACGCUAUUAACGUUUGUUACAGACACUGCCGGUUACUUUCGUUUUGGAGUUCGAUCCCAUCUCAUCUCAUCUCAUCUCAUCUCACGACGCUGUUUUGAGCGAUCCCACAUCCUCUGCAGCGAGCAGAAGGUGCGGUGAGCAUCGGAUGGUUGAGAGUAUCUGAGUACCAGGGUACACGCGGGAGCUCCCAUUCAUCCAAUAUUCACUGCACCGAUGCAGCGGCGAUGAUUUUCACACGUUUUGACCAGGGUUGAGACUUGAGAAAAAGAGGCGGUAUAGUGGAACGGGUUGCGGCUGCGAGUCUCGUUUUCUCCGGCGGCGAUUUAGAUUGAUGAACUUACAUUGAACCUGACUGCAGAAAAGCCAUCAGGCCAAUUCCUUGGAGGCGCCGUACAAGCGCAACCGAUCUUUCUUUCCCAAGAACAAUAACCCUAACUCAUUCUGCUUGGAACAAAAAAUGUAGCGGAACGAGAGGGUAACCCCGAAUGAUUGGAGGUAGAAACGACGAAUUCGCAGAAGAGAAAGCUUCUUAACAUGUCCAAAGCUCUGGGGGCCCAAAUCGUUUUAGAAGAACAUAGAACUCAUCGAAUCUCCACUGUCUAAUAAGGAGAUGAAGAUAGACUUCAAACUAUCCAGAAUUAAAUUUGCAGUGCAGAACGCAACCAUAGAUUUGCAUUAUGAUUGGUUAAUGGCUUAGAAGAUUGGAAUGUUCAGCUCUGCAAACACCGUCGGAAAAGACGCGACUCGCAGCGGCAAGCCUCUCACAUUCAAUGCGUCGGACCAAUUCCCGCUUCUCUUCUCUUUUAGGUUCUAGUGUUUGUCGAAACAACGUCGUCAGAAGAACCUACCGAAGCAGACAGUUACCGGUAAAAGAAAGGGACGGUCCAGAUUCACUAAAACAAGAUCUUCGGUUGUUAUUUAUUAUGGUUCUUUUCUUGGCUUCCAAACAUACCCUUAUUGCAUUGUAGAGGAAAGUAAGGAAGAAGGAAUUAUUCUAAUGUACCACGUGUUGGAUUGAACUCCUUUGUGGCGUAACACAGUGUCCGACGCACAUUCAAUGGCUAGGGCCACUUUGACAUGGAGCCUAAGGCGAUUGCACGCAACCCAAGGCAUUUCUAGGUGAUGAAUGCACGCUUGACACUGUGUUGCUUCACAAAGGAGCUAACUCCACCACAUGUCCCAUCGAAACUUUAUUUAAUCCUCUACUGCUUCUCAUUAGGGUACCAGGGUCUUACACUCGUACUCUUGAGUCUCGAGAAUCUCGACUAAGGGUGCAAUAAGGCUACGUUGGAUUGGGUUUCUUAAAACCUUAGCCCAACCCUGAGCCCCCUUAAUUGGGUCCAAACCCACCCUGACUCUGACUUAGGGUUGCAAAACUUCAACUUGAAUGACCUGACCCUACCCCUUGAUUGAUCUUAAGCUUCAUUUUCCAUCAAUGGCUAGGUAUAUCCUAACCUGAUAUUGUAAAAUAUAAAUUAACUUAAAAAUAAAAAUUAUUCAUAAUAAAGAGGAGAUAAAAAAAAUACAAAGUGACAAAUUUCUUGAUAAAAGAAAACAAGAGAUAUAUUUUAUUUUUUUGGUGAAAAAAACGAGAGAGAUCAAUGAAAAGAUAUAUUAGAAUUUUUGAGGUGUGAAUAACUAAAUGUUAUAUUAGGUUAAAUUCAGGUUGACAUCAACAAUCAGGUCAACAUGCCAAAAUUUUUGGUAAAGGGCGGGUUUAGAUUCUCUGCAUCCAAUCAGCACAAAGGGGAAAGUAUAUUCCAUCCUCCCUGUCAUGUUAUAUUAUUUUUCCUGCUCCGCCUUUCGGCGGUGGACUCCAAGUUCCAAGACUCUACAAACUACGAAGCCUUCGAACCUGGGAAGAUCGGAGAUCGGAGAUCGGAGAAAAGCUACGCAAGUGCUUCAUUCAUCGGAAAUGGAGGAGGGAUACGUUCCUAAAUCAGUUGUAGUUUUCUCCUGUACGGCGAUGACUAUCUUCUACGUUGGGAUUCUCUACGCUCCGACUCUGAUCCUUCGCCUUCCUCAUCCUACGUCCUUGAAUAACUUCAUGAUCCGAAGGUUCGUCUGCGCCGGCAUCUCUUCGAUUGUGUCCAUCUUCUUUUGUGCGCUCAUCCUUCCCAUGAGAAGGUUGGAGGUAUCAUCUGUACUCGGCGCUUAUGGCAUCCGAUUGGACCACUUGUGGCAUGCUGUGGUAUUUCCUAUUUCAUUGACUUCUCUGGUAUACACUGGUUCUCUCGUCUCUAAGUUUAUGUCACUGUUGAGUUCAUGGAAUCAAUAUGAAGUUUGCGGUGAAGGCUCUAUGUCCGAGUAUAUAAAAAUUGCCUCCCAAACGUUUCUAGAGAGGAUCUCCGCAAUGGCAUCCAAUGUGUUGGUUUGGCGUAAUUACUUUGUGGCACCAUUGACAGAAGAAUUGGUGUUCAGGGCAUGUAUGAUACCUUUACUUCUUUGUGGGGGAUUUGGAACAUACAAAGUCAUGUUACUCAGCCCUAUUUUCUUCAGUUUGGGUAAGUUGAUUGGUUCCUUUUCUGAAAAUUUGCAUAUCAUGUCUGAUAAAAAAACGUUCCUCACUUUUGUUCACCAAGUAGUUUAGUGUCAUUUUCUGAUU